AGGGGGAGCGUGUGCUGGCAUCACACUAUUCAGUGAUGGCUGUCAGAUAUCCCAAGCACUGCUGCAUCCUCCUCCUCCUCGCUCUCCUCUCUUUUCAUCCGCCGUCGUCUUGCAGCCUUGACCCACAGCAGUCUGACAGUGGUGCGGCACCUCCCGACCGUGAUGCAGAAGAAGUGGCUACAAAAGAACUGCAGUCUGCCGAUGCACCGCAGAGGAAGUUACUUCAGACGUCCGGAGCUGGCGUUCCUUUCCCGCCCCUCAAGGUGUUGUCUAACGGGAAGCCGUGCAUCAUGUUCCAGGCCAGGAAGUUGUCUCUGCGCUACGAGAGACAGAAGCAGGUGGACCUGACCGAGCGAGCGUUUUCUCCUCACAAGGCCGUGGACACAACUCAGUCCGUGUGCCGCCAGGACAAAGCCACGCUGGUCAUGAAGUUUGGAGAUGUGGACGACUUGAAAGGCCUUUCCAUCAGGCUGCAGCUGUCCAACACUUUCUACGAGGCGUCAGGCCAGUGGUGGUACUCCAUGGACAGCGUCUCCCUGCUCUACAACGUCUCCGAAGAGGCCGUGUUCAACGCCAGCGAGGUUUACGCUCCGUCCUCUUCCUCCUACCACUGCGUGCAUGUCAGCAGCCUGGAGCGACACAGCGCCCUGCUGCAGCCCGGCGGCGAGCGCGCCCGCCGCUGGACCGUCACCUUCACGGACUUCCAGAUUCAGGCGUUCGACGUGUCCUCGGGGAGGUUCUCUCCGGUGAGCGACUGCACCACCUUCCUGACGCCGGCCAUCUUGAUGGGCCUGGUCACCUCGCUCAUCCUGCUGCUGGUGCUGGCCUACGCCGUGCACCUGCUCGUCCACCUCAAACACAUCGAGCGCGACGACGACAGCAAGGCCGAGGUCUACUUCCCACAAGACCCGGAACAGCCCGAAGGCUGCUGUGUGGAAAAUCUAGCAGAUAAAGAUACUUCCGAAACAUUUUAAUGGGAGAGGCAGGAUACAAUUCACCGUCUUUUCCAGACUAUAAGGGCGCUGCUUUUUUCCUGAGCUUUGAACCCUGCGGCUUAUACAAAGGUGCGGCUUAUCUAUGGAUAUUUCUUCGCUAACGGCUAAAUCCCGGAAUUAAUUAAGCCAGGGGUCGGCAACCCAAAAUGUUGAAAGAGCCAUCCAUCCAUCCAUCCAUUUUCUACCGCUUAUUCCCUUUUGGGGUCGCGGGGGGCGCUGGAGCCUAUCUCAGCUACAAUCGGGCGGAAGGCGGGGUACACCCUGGACAAGUCGCCACCUCAUCGCAGGGCCAACACAGAUAGACAGACAACAUUCACACUCACAUUCACACACUAGGGCCAAUUUAGUGUUGCCAAUCAAUUUAUCCCCAGGUGCAUGUCUUUGGAGGUGGGAGGAAGCCGGAGUACCCGGAGGGAACCCACGCAGUCACGGGGAGAACAUGCAAACUCCACACAGAAAGAUCCCGAGCCCGGGAUUGAACCCAAGACUACUCAGGACCUUCGUAUUGUGAGGCAGAUGCACUAACCCCUCUGCCACCGUGACGCCCUUGAAAGAGCCAUAUUGGACUAAAAAUACAAAAAAAUAUCUGGAGCCGCAAAAAUUAAAAGUCUUAUAUAAGUGUUAUAAUGAAGGCAACACAUGAUGUAAGUGUCUAUAUUAGUUAUAUUAGCCUACUAUCAAAAUGACUUGAAAAGUCUUAUAUAAGUGUUAUAAUGAAGGCAACACAUGAUGUACGUGUCUAUAUUAGUUGUAUUAGCCUACUAUCAAAAUGACUUGAAAACUUGAAGACUUUAAAAAUCUUAUAUACGUGUUAUAAUGAAGGCAAAACAUGAUGUGUGUGUCUAUAUUAGCUAUAAUAGCCUACUAUCAAAAUGACUUUAAAAGACUUAUGUAAGUGUUAUAAUAAAGGCAACACUUGAUGUAAGUGUCUAUAUUAGCUAUAAUAGCCUACUAUCAAAAUGACUUUAAAAGACUUAUAUAAGUGUUAUAAUGAUGACAGCACAUGAUGUAAGUGUCUAUAUUAGCUAUAAUAGCCUACUAUCAAAAUGACUUUAAAAGACUUAUAUAAGUGUUAUAAUGAAGGCAACACAUGAUGUAAGUGUCUAUAUUAGCUAUAUUAGCCUACUAUCAAAAUUACUUUAAAAAUCUUAUAUAAGUGUUAUAAUGAAGGCAAAACAUGAUGUGUCUAUAUUAGCUAUAAUAGCCUACUAUCAAAAUUACUUUAAAAGACGGCGUGGUGCAGUGGAAGAGUGGCCGUGCGCGACCCGAGGGUCCCUGGUUCAAUCCCCACCUAGUACCAACCUCGUCAUGUCCGUUGUGUCCUGAGCAAGACACUUCACCCUUGCUCCUGAUGGGUGCUGGUUAGCGCCUUGCAUGGCAGCUCCCUCCAUCAGUGUGUGAAUGUGUGUGUGAAUGGGUAAAUGUGGAAGUAGUGUCAAAGCGCUUUGAGUACCUUGAAGGUAGAAAAGCGCUAUACAAGUACAACCCAUUCAUCAUUUAUUAUCAUUUAUUAUAUAAGUGUUAUAAUGACGACAGCACAUGAUGUAAGUGUCUAUAUGAUCUAUAUUAGCCUACUAUCAAAUGACUUUAAAAGUCUUAUGUAAGUGUUAAAAUGAAGACAACACAUGAUGUAAGUGUCUAUAUUAGUUAUAUUAGCCUACUAUCAAAAUGACUUUAAAAGCCUUAUAUAAGUGUUAUAAUGAAGGCAACACAUGAUGUAAGUGCCUAUAUUAGUUAUA